AUGUUUAAUACCAAGAUAUUUGAUAAUGGAACUAAUCCAUCAAAUAUACCAAUAGAUACAACUAAUUAUCAACAACAAGAUAAUAAUAAUAUACAGCCGCAACCAAUAGAUAUAACUUUUAAUCGUCGACCUUCAAUAUUUAAUAAUAGUAGAUUUAGAAGAGAAUCAGUGGCGCAUUCACAAGGUAUGGGUGGAAUAUCAUGGGGUUCAGUAACUAUAGGAUCAUGGUUAAAAGAUGAAGUAAUGUCAUCAAAUACAAAUAAUUUUUUAAAUCCUAACAACAUACAACAAUCAAAUAUAAAUCAACAAUUACAUCAUAAUAAUCAAAAUUUAAUAAAUCCAAGAAGAGGUUCAUUUAGAAAUCAAAAUAAUAAUAACAACACUAUACAUCCAAGUAUGUCACCAAAUCAACAAACAUCUUAUUUACCAAAUUUAGAAGCUGAUUAUUGUAAAGAUUAUAAUUGUUGUGGAGAAAUUUUACCAACUUUACAUGAUUUAUUAAGACAUUAUGAAGAAUCUCAUAUUUCUGCAUCACCACCAAUUGAUUCAAAUCAACAUUUAAUAAAUAAUAAUAGAAAUAGAAAUAAUUAUAAUAAUAUUCAUAAUGUAAUGGAAACAGUUUCAACAACAGAUGUAUUUUUAAAUAACAAUCAUAAUAACCACCACAACCACAACCAAAAUAAUAAUGAUACAUAUAAUAUACAAAAUCAAAUAAAUUCAAAUCAACAACUACAGAAUCAUCAAAAUCAUCAACAAAUACAGCAGAAUCAUUCACAACAUCCACAACAAUUUCAACAACAUCCACAUCAACAACAGCAUCAAUCACAACAACAACUACAUCAACAACAAUUUAAUCAAUCUGGAUCACCAAAUAGAGAUAUAGAUAUGGAAACAGGUGAAGAUGAAGGAUAUAUAGAUGAUCCAGCACGUCAUUUAUAUUAUCAAGAUGAUGAACAUAAACCUUUUAAAUGUAAUGUUAUAGGAUGUGAUAAAAGUUAUAAAAAUCAAAAUGGUUUAAAAUAUCAUAGAAGUCAUGGACAUCAAGGUCAAACAUUAAGAGAAAAUCCAGAUGGUACUGUUUCUGUUAUUGAUCCUGAUUCAAAUAAUCCAAUGGAUAAUCCUGCUUUAGAAAAAGAUAAACCUUAUAAAUGUAAUGUUUGUAAUAAACGUUAUAAAAAUUUAAACGGUUUAAAAUAUCAUAGAGGUCAUACAACUCAUUAA